AUGGUGGAAACGUUUUUGGGUUUGCCUCUCCUUCCUCGGUUUAAGAUGUUUUCUUGGAAGUUUCUACAUGAUGCUUUACCCCUAUCAUCGACUGUGUGUCCGAAGGGUCUUCCGGUAAAUCCAGUGCUUAUUUUCUGUCACAGUGAUUUAGAGACGGUUUCUCAUCUUUUCCGUGACUGUCCGUUUAUAAGUCCACUUUGGGAGCAAGGUCCUUUGACACUUGAUGGUCGUCUGCUGCAAGCAAAACCAUUUAAUGAGUGGUUUACGAACUUGAUGUCGGAUUUUCAGCGAUCUAAGAAUUUUGGAGGUCUUGUGUCUUUUGUCUCCUUCCUUUGGGCUAUUUGGCUUAUGCGUAAUCAAUGUAUUUUUAGGCAAGCGGUUUGGUCUCCUUCAAUGACCUUCCACCUCUCUGCGGACUGGGUUGCUCGGGUUACUCAGGCUGGAGUUUUUCAAAAUCAACUCUCCUCCUCCUACAGGAUUCGAUCUCCCCCCCUCGAGAGCUUUAUGUCAUUGCGUCUGAGUGGUGGUCCUACUGAUCCUCUUGAUCAUUGUCUACUUUUUGAUGGUGCCUGGAAUUGUCAUGACAACAGUGCAGGGGCAGGGUGCAUUUUUAGGGAGAUUCAUUCGGAUAGGGUGCUAGGUGGUAGUGCUAGGGCCGGUAGAACUAUGCCUGGUCUUUAG